AUGACUUCUUCAAUCGAAAACAAUCUCGAUUCGUUUAUCCAAGCAUCUCGUCUGAAACGCACUGCUCCGCUAAUGGCUAAUUCAAGUCGGCCACCUUCGAUAUCUACCUAUGGGGAACAGAAUGGAAUGACAACGUAUUAUACAUUGUCACAGGAAACGCCCGAGAUUCUUCGAUCAUUGUCGCCUGAAAAUGUGCUGAAACUGAAGUAUAAAAUUGAACUUGACAAGCAAGUAAAGGAAAAACAGCAACGAUUAGCUAAGGAAUGGGAAAAGAAAAUUGAACGCGACAAGCAAUAUGUUCAAAAUCAACCAUUUGGAAGGCAAAAUCGAACGACUUUUCUAAAUAAAGAAGAACUCCAAGAAAUCUUAACCCAAGGUCGUGCACCAUCACCUGUCUUAGAAUCAUAUUCCGAACACUUAGUUCAUCAUCAACCACGCACAAGUGAAACGUACGUUUUGGAUAACAGUAAUCAUACCUUGCCGAAGAUGAAUGGAUCAACGUCACAGCCUGUUCACGAUGGUUAUCCAAUUAAUUCGUCAACUCAACCGCAAAUAUCAAAUAAUAAUUUUGAUUUCCAACGUUUUUACGGACCAAAGAAAAGUUCGGAUAUGAAUGGACCUACGGUUAGUUCGUCGUUACCGACGAAAGGAAAUGCUCAUGAUCCAUUUUCCUCCUAUGAUCCAAAUAAAGAUGGCCAGAGUACGUUUAAUUCGUUUCCUGAAUUAGAACUUUACCAUCCAUGGGGACGUCCAGGGGCGGGAGCUCCAUUAAUUCAUGCACCAACAGGACAGAAGUACACUCGCUACUCUGGAAGUUUACAAGACAAAUUGCAUCGCACUGGUCCGCUUGGUUAUCAUCAAAAUCAGUACAUAUACAAUAUUGAAGAUCAAAAGCGCGAUCUUGAAUUAGAGCAAAAACGACGCCAACAACAAGAGCUCGACCAUCGAACAAAUACAGGAAAUACAGUGGAAUGGAUCAGUCAACUUAAUAAAACUAACUCGCCAUUGAGAUUCUACUCACCCACGAAAGAAACAGCUCGCGAGCAGUUUGCGGAUCCUUAUGUACGAAAUCGAUCGAAAGAAACGCAGGUUUUACACGAUAGUCUAAUGCAACAAGCAGAGGAGCGUGCAAGAUUACAAAAACUAAGUCGUCAAGAAAAGAAUCUAGCUGAAUUACAACACACUGAAUCGAUGAAUAAUUGGUGGGGACGAGGUGGCAGUGGUGCACCAGCAUCCACGAAUCGACGGCACAAUAUGUAUAAUUCAUUCGAACAAACACGUCAGAAAUGGGGAACAAAUCAUCUCGGUCAAUUAGUUGCAAUUGAUGAACAAACACCACAUCGAAUCAGUAUUCAACCUUCAGACUUUUUCUAUCCGCGAAAUAAACAGUUUUCCAGUCAUCGAAAUUUCUAUGAAAUUGCCGAUGAUGCUACAUAA